GACCCUGCUUAUUGCGAAGCGAGCUCCUAUGGCGAACUCAGAGGCAGGAACGAGCACCAACAAUACAUUUGGAGGUGAAUAUCAGGUAUUCUUGAGUUUUAGAGGGCCGGAUACUCGUCGUGGAUUCACCAACAGCCUCUACCAUGCCUUGGUAGAUGCUGGGAUUUCCGUUUUCAUUGAUGAUGAAGAGCUUCGCCCUGGUGGAAGAAUUAGUAGCGACCUUCUGCAGGCAAUUGACAACUCCAAGCUCUACAUACCCAUUUUCUCCACAAAUUAUGCUUCGAGUCAUUGGUGCCUUCGUGAGCUUGCAAAGAUGGUGGAGAACACCUCUAAGUCUAAAGAAGAUGGUAGUAAGAAGGUGAUAUUGCCCGUCUUUUAUGACGUGAAACUUGAUGAUGUGCAGCUGAAAACCCCAUUGUAUCGCAAUGCCAUACUGAAUUUGGAGCAAAAGAUGGCAGAUCAAAAGAAGAAGUUCAGCUCCAAGGAUGUAGAAACGUGGCGGCAGGCUCUCAGAGAAGUUGAUGGCACCAAGGGGUGGGAGCUGGAGAAAUAUCCAGGCUACGGGGAUCUUAUCAAGUUGGUUGUUGACGAAGUUGUGGAUAGGCUCAUGACAAGACAGAGAAAAGUGACCGAAGAUAUAGUUGGAAUGGAGGAUCGAAUAGCAGCCGUAAACAAUUUAUUACACAUCGACUCCGACUCCGGUGGUGUGCGGCUUAUUGGAAUUUAUGGGAUGGGCGGCAUUGGUAAAACAACACUUGCCAAGAUUAUCUUCAACCAACUAUGUCAUCUCUUUGGGAAAAACUGCAGCUUUCUUGACGAUGUAAGAGAAAUGGCAAAAACCAAGGGCUUAGUCAAGCUGCAAAAACGAUUAUUGUCCGAUACCUCAAAUUCUAGAGUGGCUCGCAGCAUUGGUAACACCGAUCAUGGGAUCAGUACAAUUGGAGAAACAAUUUGCAACAAGAAGGUACUAAUUGUUUUAGAUGAUGUUGAUGAUGGUAACCAAAUCCAAGAACUAAUCGGAAUGAACUCUUUGUAUCCCGGUACUAGGAUACUUGUCACCACUAGGGACAAAAGUGUCUUGAAAAUCAGGGGAUUUCACUAUGAAAUCGUGCCUUAUGAAAUGGAGGGGUUGAGCAGUGAAGAUGCACUUCAACUUUUUAGUAGGCAUGCCUUCAAUGAUAACUCUCCUCCUGCCGCUUACUAUAGUCUUUCAAAAGACAUUGUCUCUACUGCAGGUGGACUACCUUUAGCUCUUCAAGCAAUAGGUUCAUCGCUUUUUGUUCGAAAAAAGAAAAAAAUAUGGGAAGAGAUGUUAGAGAAGCUAAGGAAAACACCAAAUAGGGACGUCUUGGGAAAGCUAAGGAUUAGCUAUGAUGCCUUAGAAACGGAUCAACAACAAAUAUUUCUUGAUGUUGCAUGCUUUUUCAUCGAUGUAGAUAAGACUUAUCCAAUCUACAUGUGGGAAGAUUGUGGAUUUAGCCCAGAGUAUGCUAUUGAUGUCCUUAUUAACAGGUGCAUGAUAAAGGUUAUAAACAAUAAUAAGUUUUGGAUACAUGAUCAGUUUAAAGAUCUUGGAAGAGCAAUUGCUAAUCAAGAGCGUACCAGAUUGUGGGCCACAAAUGACAUCAUUCGCGAAUUAAGAUCAACAGAGAUCAAGGAAAGCAUUCGAGCACUCCAUUUGCCAUCUAUGGGGAUUAAACAUCCUAUAACUGUCACUCCGGAGCAGAUUAAACGAUUCCCACACCUACGGUAUUUUCGGUUGUGUGAUGUAGCUUGCCAAGGCGACUUUACGGGCUGUCUUUCCGAGUUGAAAUGCAUCUGUUUGCAUUACCCUCAUCAAAUUCCUUCCCUAGAUCGCCAUCCACAGUUUAUGGCAACUAAUUUGCAUCUUGAAAACGUGGUUGUGAUGAGUCUUUUGGGCCAUGAGUUCACAGAAGAUGCAGUCAGGAGCCUAAUCAAGGGGGCAAGGAAAUUGAAGGUUCUCACUCUUCAAAAUGUUCAAUCGUUACACUAUACACCAACCUUUUCCGGAUACUCAGUUUUAGAGAAGUUGAUUAUCUCUAAUUGUCAAUUUCUAAAGGAAAUUGAUUGCUCUAUUGGGAAGCUGAGGUGGCUGACUGACUUAAGUGUUGAGUCAUGUUCGGCACUUGGAAAAUUGCCAGAACAAAUUGGCGAACUAAAGAAUCUUCAGCACCUCUCCUUUAGGAAUUGUGGCAGCUUAAGGGAACUUCCCGACUCGGUUUCGUGUUUAGAGUCGUUGACAAAACUGGAUAUAUCUUACACGAGCAUUAAAAGAUUACCGGAUUCAAUUGGUACACUACAGAGCCUGUCAUUUCUCAGUGCAUCCCGCACAAACAUUGCGAAAUUGCCUGGCACGAUGAGCAAGCUUAGUCACCUCCAAACACUAAACCUAUAUGGUUGUCAUGAGAUGCAAGAGUUGCCGAAGCUCCCCAGAAGUUUGACCACACUACGGUUUAGAUCUAUUUCGUUGCAGAUUGUCCCUAACCUCGCAAACCUUACUAAUCUAGUUGAACUGCUUCUAUCUGAUGCCUCUGAUUCCAGAAAGAGAUCAAAUAUAAUUCAAACUUGUGACUUGCCGUGGAUUGGGAGGUUAUCCAAACUGAGCAAGCAGCACUUGUGCCUUUCAAAUGUCCACGCGAUAUCUACAGAGUGGGGUUCCCUUUCUCUACUAAAAGAACUUAUUCUAUAUGGACUAGACUUGCAAACCCUCAAACAACUUCCGUCAAACUUGUCAGUUCUAGAGCUUCAUCGCACUCGAGUGAAGCAAGUACAUCUCGAUGGGCUUCCUCAGUUAGAAGAGUUGACUGUCAGAAGUUGUGUACUCCUCGAGAGAUUAUCCAUUCCAUCAAGUUUGAGAAAACUGAGAGGAGCCGAGGUGUAUCGUUGCAAAGAGCUAGUUGAAGUUCAAUUUCUCGGUGUCUUAAAUUCAUUGGAGAUUUUACUCAUUGAGCAAUGCGAAUAUCUCGAGAGGUUGGUUUGUCUGUCGGAGGAGCCAGGGUGUAGGGAGCUACAAGCUCCCGAGUUGACUGAUGGUGGGAGGAGAGUGUCCCUUGUCUCAAGCUCCCUCAAGAUGCUUCAACAAUUCCACCUGCGGAGGUGCCGAGCGCUACGGGAGAUUCAAUUUGUUUCAACCUUGGAAUCAUUGGAAGGAUUUUUUAUUCUUGAGUGCAUUUCGUUAAAAAGGUUGGGCGGUUUGUCAAACUUGAACAACUUGAAGCAUUUAAUAAUUGGAGGGUGUAGGAACCUGCAGGAUGUCGAGGGCAUUGACGACUUAGAGUUUUUGCAGUGGUUGGAAGUUUAUGGGUGCAGAUCAAUGGAAAGGAUUAUCAAUGCAUCGAGCUCAAAAAUACCAAAUGAGUGCCGAAUAGAAAUAAGGGAUUGCAGGGAAUUACUCGGCACCGGUACUUAUGGUUCAAGCAUCACUUACGAGUCUUACAGAGAGAAAAUACUGCAUGGACCAAUACAAGGGUCGGACUCUGAAAUUGAAACAACUAAUUACGGCUGUGAAGCAGAAACAGGGGAUCCUCAAUUGGGAAAGGAUCAGGAAAAUAAAGAGAAGGAGAGAGAGAGAAAAUUAGAGUCGGCAAAAGCAGGAGGGAAAAAUCCAAAAGGUCUUGUGAAGUGGUUCGCUCUCUCAAAAAAAUUCACACCAAGGUGUUUGUCUCAAAGAAGUCCGUGAAGUAAAGGAGCAAUUCACUCCCAGCUUACCAGCAACUUAUAUCUUUGUCGACCGGCGAGCGCGUGCGUCUGAGGUGCCAUUCUCCCUAGCAUGGCCAGGGCAUUUUCGUCUCGUUCUUUUCUGAUAUAACCCAAUUGCACAUGCCACUCACCCACUGUCGGGGGGCCUACAGCUACUGGAGAUUCAAUUUGUUUCUACGUUGUGAUCAGGGGAAAAUUUUUAUGUUUGUGGACACCAAAUAAUGACCAACCCUCGAAAUCGACAAGUAGCAAGCUCAGUUGACGAGAACAAAGCUUGAUCGAAACAUAAGUUGCCAACCAAUAGAGCAAUCAACAGCUUGAAGGGGAUCGACGAGGGCCUUCACCAGCCGAUGAGAUUUCAUCGACAGCCAACCAUUCCAUAUUUUGCUAAGUGCUCUGUGAGGGUCUUCCAAGCUUCUUUUCCUUUUGUUUUCUUUUUCAAAUGUGCUUCUCUUCC